AUGUUCUGUCAUCACAUGCGUGGGGUAGCACUCCUCACACAACUUGGCCCCUCACUCACACAAUUCUUUGGGCUGAACUUUCUGGCUCGCACAGCUGGGAUACGGAGGAGGGUGCGGUCCAAGUGCCUCCAGCAACUGUUUGGCUUUGCUGCGACUGCGACUUCCUCUCUUGGUGGUGGCAUUCAUGGCGACCGUCAACUGUGUGCCUUUGGCGGCUUUUGCGAUCCUUCGCCUUUGUGGCUUUGGGCUUUGUUUUCACCACCACUUUCGAAUAAUCCGGGAAGAGGAACGCUGGCUGUCGUUUUGGUGCUGCCUGUCGUUUUGGUUUUGCUGCGAGUGCCACAGCCACUUCCUCUCUUGGUGGUGGGGUUCGUGGCGACCGUUGACUGUGGUCCUUUGACGGCUUUUGUGGUCGACUCUGUGCCUUUGACGGCUUUUGUUUUCCUUCGUCUUUUGGCUUUUGUUGUCACCACCACUUUCGGCAUCAUUUUCGUUUUCAUUUCUCGGCACUAUAUAUAG